UUGUCUCUAAUUUGUACAAACUUCGAUCAGCGAAGAUGGAUCAAAUUUUAUUUCAUUUUAGAGGGCUCGCGUGCUAUCAAACCGGACUUUGAUCGAGUAGGAGAGGCUUAUGAACGCGCCUGCACCCUUGUACCUUCUUUGAGGGAUGCAAAAGUUGACGCCAAAGCAGCUGUAUUCAGCAUGACUGCUGAUGGAUAUCCAUUGGUUGGUCCAUUCGACAAGAAUUACUGGGUCUCGACUGGUUUUCUCGAUGGUGUAAGUAGCGGCGGUGGAAUAGGAAAGUUUAUACUGGAAAAGAGCAAAGAAACUUAUUCGAUGUAUUAUAACUGGUCAUAUACUAAUCGCCAUGCGGGUAGACCUACGGAUCGCGUCAGUGGUCUCUACGGUCGUUUCAAAAGGGAUAAAGCCCAUUUUUCAUUCCGCAACGGAUGGGAGGUAGCCCAAGCGUUCGACAUCGAAGAAGAAGGCAUGUUAUCUACACUCAGUCGAGAGUACCAGAUGGUAACGAACAAAUGCGGGGUGAUUGACAUGUCCUGGAAAGGAAAGAUUGAAGUAAAAGGACCGGAUGCUGAAGCUCUUCUGAACUAUGCUAUCUGCUCUCCGAUUCCAUCUCUCGCUAAAAUCGGAUCUGGUUUGAUGCUAACCCGUCAGGGACGCAUUUUCUCUCCAAUGAAGAUCUUCCAUCACGACAACACACGCUCUGCUUUCAUUUUGCUUACAGAACCCGAGAGGGAAAGUCGCGAUAUCUACUGGCUUCGACGAGCGGCUUCCGAGAAGAACUUCAAGGUGCAGGUGUUCUGUGUAUCCGAAUACUUGGCAUCUCUUGCGCUUGUGGGUCCUAACAGCAGACAGUUACUUUCUGAACUUACGAAGUCCGAUGUUUCCGAGGAGGGUUUCCCUCAGCGCUCCACUCGUCUAAUGCGCCUUGGACCUGUAGCUGUGGUAUGUGCGCGAAGCUCAACGUCAACGGGUCAGCUCAGCUAUGAAUUCUUCCACAACAGAGCUGAUUCAGCUAAGCUGUAUGAGGCGAUUAUCUGUGCUGGCGCUCCAUACGGUGUAGUAAAUUUUGGCCAGGCUACAAUGAACAUGAUGAGGCUUGAGCAUGGAUAUAAGAUCUGGGGACGAGAACUCACACUGGAUACGAAUCCUUUCGAAUGUGGACUUGGAGGCCUUGUUGACUUUUCGAAAGGAGAGUUCAUUGGUAGAGAAGCCGCUCUUGAACAGAAAGAUAAGAGCUAUGAUCGACGUCUAGCUCUGCUUACAUUCGACCCAGAAUACAACCCCAAUAUUCCACUCGAGUGGAAAAACCUUCCAUUUGGUAACGAAGUAGUCCGUCGGGAAGGCCAGGAAGAAGCAAUUAUUUCUGCUGGCGCCCCAUACGGU